AUGGACAUUGUGAAGAUAGCAAUCUAUACUAUUGUUUUAGUGUGCUUCUAUUUGGCCAGUACGUAUGGAAAGUUCAGAAGCAAGAACGCCAGCAGAGCGUGUCUGAAUUCAAAUGGAAGAGAAAGACAGGGAGCAUACAUUAUAGAAAUAUGCCCGCAGGUAAUUGACAGCCACAGAGCGCUGGUCCCCGCAGAUAGAAAAAACAGCAGCAAAAAAUUUAGAAGAGCUUCUGUAAAACUGGCUGAAAGCGCUCUGAAUGAAGACCCGUUUAGCUUGAAUGUUACGAGAUUCACCAUGACUGCAGAUGGAAAUAUUAAAAAAAUAAAACUGCCUGAAGCAGGCCAAGCAGAAGGUAGCGCAGAAAUACUAAAAUGUUCUGCAUUUAUGGAAGAGAAAAAGGCAUUCAGCGAUAUUUUGGACUUUGAGAGUGUCUUUGGCAGUUUUCUGCAUGAAAGAGGAAUAGACGGGAUACGCGUAACCAAUCCCGAAAUAGCCAGCCACUUCAAAAGAUGCGACAAAAGAGAUAGAAGAAGAUAG